GAGGCUAUAAAAAACCUCAGAGUCAACAAGCGCACCCAACAAAGAGAGGGAAAACUUGAACUUUACGAUUGCAGAUCUAUCCAUCCCAGAGCCAGCUCCUGAAGAUGAUUAGACUACGGUGGCCACUAUUACACACUCUUCUUGUCAUUACAUCUCUUCACUGGAUCACAGAGCACAAUCAACUGGUAGAGGGGGCACCAGAGCUUCUCGACACAUUACUUGUCCAAGAUACAGAGUCACAAUCCAUGUCCAGUGAGGAGAAGUCAGCUAAUGACCUCACCACUAAACUCUUCUUAUUGGAUGAACUGGUGAAUCUGGAGAAUGAUGUCAUGGAGACCAAGAAGAAGAGAAGCUUUACUGGGUUUGGGUCGCCUUUGGAUAGGCUCUCAAUAAGCACCAUGGAGGUCAAAGGCAAACCACGGAAAGUUGUUGAUAUACCAAAAAGAAGAUAUGGAAUACCAAUAGACCGACUGGGAAUAAACCGUCUUGCCAGUGGCAGAGGUUAACAUGUUGGAAAGAAGAUGAGCAGAAACAGAUGCAACAUACAAGAAUUUGAAACGAAGACUAAAUGGCUAACUUCUUAUUGUAUGUGGAGAGGGGGUAUUGGUUUUUAUUUUUUUUUUUUAAUAAAUUAUCUACUGGAAUAAAUAUCUUUUUGAGGCCUUA